CAAACCGAGUUCGUCAUUUUAGAUUUGAGAAAGAAUCCAGCUGCACUUUGCUACACCGAACAAUAAGUUAUUUGUUGCAGGCCGAGACCAAUAAGAAGAGUGUACGUCAUCUCAGAUAAGAAGAGUUUAAUCUUACUGCAUAAAAAUGUCAGAUGUUGGGACGGCAGAUAAUAUUUGGGGUGUUGUAUUGGCUCGAGCAAAUAAAGUAUUUUUUGUUUGGCACCUGCUUUGGUUCUGAGUUUUUAUUAUGGAGAUUCAAGACUUUUUGCCACUACACUAUCAAGUAAACUACAAAAUAAUGGAUACAUUUUAGCACUACACUAUCUAGGCUACUUAACAGAAAUAACUGCAACAUUAAAAAAAAUUACCGCAAAGCGCGCAUGCGUCAACAUCCAGGAGGGACUCGGAUGAUCGCAGCAGUCACUCACCAUUUCCAUUUGGCGCUGUGGCAGAACCGCGAUCUGUAAGUGUUGAUGGUGAGAGUUGAGAUGGAUGCGAUGUGCUGUAAAUCAGUAGGAACUGAUCUGUCCAUGCUGGAUAUUGAUGAUUUCAACACAGAAAUCUCUCAGCUGAAGAAAAAGGUGGCGUUACUGGAGACAAAGCUGAGGUCAAGAGGAGAUAAAGGACUGAAUAGAGAGGACUCCGAGCUCAGUCUCACUUCACUCGGUUAUGUGGAGUCAAAGCCCACAGACGCUCAGGACACUACAGUGUGUGACAGUAAUCAGAGCUUACAGGAUGAUCAAACCUCCACAGAGUCUCUGGAUUCUGUCUGUAAUGCUGGAGAACAGCAGCAGAUCCUGCAGACCACACUGAAGAUGUGUUCAGUCAAACUCAUCGACUGCAGGAAUCUCAUGAUGAAGAUGAGAAGAGAAACCACUGAUGAGGAACAUCACACAGAUGAAGAUGAAGACAGUCAUGAUGAUGAGGAUUUUAUUCCUUCAGUGUUGAUGAUGAGAGAUGAGAUGGAUGCGAUGUGCUGUAAAUCAGUAGGAACUGAUCUGUCCAUGCUGGAUAUUGAUGAUUUCAUCACAGAAAUCUCUCAGCUGAAGAAAAAGGUGGCGUUACUGGAGACAAAGCUGAGGUCAAGAGGAGAUAAAGGACUGAAUAGAGAGGAUGUGGAUGUGGUUUGUUGUAAAUCUUCCACACAGGACUCCGAGCUCAGUCUCACUUUACUCGGUUAUACGGAGUCAAAGCCCACAGACGCUCAGGACACUACAGUGUGUGACAGUAAUGAGGGAUUACAGGAUGAUCAAACCUCCUCAGAGUCUCUGGAUUCUGUCUGUAACGCUGGAGAACAGCAGCAGAUCCUGCAGACAACACUGAAGAUGUGUUCAGUCAAACUCAUCGACUGCAGGAAUCUCAUGAUGAAGAUGAGAAGAGAAACCACUGAUGAGGAACAUCAAACUGAUGAAGAUGAAGACAGUCAUGAUGAUGAGGAUUUUAUUCCUUCAGAUGAGAAUAGUGAUUCAAGUUGUGAUGAAGAAACGCCCUCAACAUCAAAAGAGCGACUUGCAGCACAAACUCUUUCCUGCACCAGAUCUAAAAUCAGCUGUACUUCCUUACAAGCAAAGAAACUUUAUUCAGAAGAGCACAGAGAGAAGAAGAAGAAGAUUCACUGUAAGCGAUGUGGGAAGGUUUGUGUCUCUUCUUCUAGUCUGAAUGUUCACAUGAGGACACACAGUGGUGAAAAACCUUACUACUGCACUGAAUGUGGAAAUGACUUCCGCACCAAAGAAGCUCUUAAUGUUCAUCAGAGAAUUCACACUGGAGAAAAACCUCAUCGCUGUAGUGUUUGUGGGAAGAGUUUCAGUCAACAUGGUAAUUUAGUGAGACACCAGAGAACUCAUACAGGUAAAAAACCUCAUCGCUGUAGUGUUUGUGGGAAGAGAUUGAGUCGACGUGAUCAUUUAGUGACACACCAGAGAACUCAUACAGGUGAAAAACCUCAUUGCUGUAGUGUUUGUGGGAAGAGUUUCAGUCGACGUGAUCUUUUAGUGAAACACCAGAGAACUCAUACAGGUGAAAAACCUUACUACUGCACUGAAUGUGGAAAUGACUUUCGCACCAAACCAGCUCUUAAAGUUCAUCAGAGAAUUCACACUGGAGAGAAACCAUACGAGUGUCCUCACUGUGAGAAGAGAUUCAGCCGGACACAUAUUUUGAAGGGACAUGUGUUUAUACAUACCAAUGAGAAACCGUAUCAGUGCAGUCAAUGUGGAAAAACCUUUAGGCAAUUAAGUACACUAAAAUUACACCAGAUUAUUCACUCUGAAGAGAAAAUUCAUCAAUGUUCACAAUGUGAUAAAUGUUUUGGUUGUAGAUCUUAUCUGAAAAUUCAUGAGAGAGUUCACAAUGGAGUAAAACCUCAUUACUGUAGUGUUUGUGGGAAGAAUUUCAGUCGACGUGAUCAUUUAGGGAGACACCAGAGAACUCAUACAGGUGAAAAACCUCAUCACUGUAGUGUUUGUGGGAAGAGUUUCAGUCAACAUGGUACUUUAGUGAGACACCAGAGAACUCAUACUGGAGAAAAAUCUUAGCACUGUUCUGUUCUGUCUGUCAUGUUUUGUCGUCUGUAGUUUUUUUGUUCAUUGGUUUGUGUGUUACUUGUAGCCCUAUGUGUAUCUUGUCAUCCUCUCAGUAUAUAUAGCGCAGUGUCUCAGUUGUCUUUGUUGUAAUAUACAUUAAAUGGCACCAAUUAUCCGA